CAGGUUAUGAUUCCUAGCUUGAUCAACCGUUACAAUGCAAUCUUAUCGCAUGAAGCUCUCGUGUCUCAGGUGCAAAGAUCGCAAGCUGAGAUGUGACCGCGGGGAGCCACAAUGCAAACGCUGUCAAAACAGCAGCGUCCAAUGCUUGUACCCCGAAAAGAGAAAGACACGGGGUUCAAGGCAAAAGUCCGACAUACACCGUCUUGACCAUCGCCUGGAAGCCUUGGAGGAACAACUCAGGGCAGCUGCGGCCAGAAACGUGAGCCAGGAAUCACCGACCCGGGCUCAUACUCCAGCGGAAACCACUCGGGUGGGAACGCCUCAAGUCGAUCUUGAAAAUGUCUCCAAAGAUGAUGCUUUUCUAUAUCGGAUGGUUAGUGGAGCGAAGCACAGCAUUGAGACGCUUACCACGCAGUCUUCAGAGCCUCCAUAUCCUUGGUCUCAGUCCACGGUCAGCAGUGCAAUCACGCGUCUGGACACGGCGUUGGUUCAGUUGGCUGCUCCGUUCCCUCGGCCGGACAGUCGCCCACCCAACGAUUCAAAGAUCAACCUCCCAGAAGGCGACUUGAAGCAACACAUAGAAACUUUUCUCGAUUACAUUUUGCCGCACGCGACUAUUUUCGACUCGUUCACCACUCUUGUCGAUCGGGAGUUUCUGAGAGCCUUGCCUCAUAUCAUCGACUCACCGUAUGCGCAAAUCUCUCCAGUAAUGCGGGUGGUUUACUACUGCGCCAUUUAUCUUGGUCAAAGCAUUGGAAGCGACGAGCAGCAAAGGUUGGCGACAAAGACGUACUAUGCUUGUCUUCAGUCAGUUCCGAAAUGGCUUGAAUCAGCGGAAGGGACACUUCUGGAUAUACUUGCCGGCGCAUUUACUACGUGGCUCGCAAUCAACAAUUUUGACUAUCACCUGGCAUGGCAAUUCCACCGCGAGGCAUGUCGGCGUGCAAGUCUUCUGGGCAUUCAUGACGUGGAAUCCACUCCGCCUGGUACAGCGCAGGAGGAAGCCGAAAGGGAUGUGAAGCGCCGGUUGCAUUGGUAUCUGGUCGAAAUGGACUUCUUAUUCCGGCUCUGGUACGACAAACCGAAGGCUCUCCAAUGCUCCCCAACUCAGGUCGGACUUCCAGCUGUCAUCUCGCCGGCCACCAAACAGCCUAAGCCUCAAGAAUGCAUUCUCUUCAUCGUCUGGUCACGGGCGAUGCAUAUUCUCAUGGAUUUCUUCAAUGACCAAGAGAACUUGCCUGAAGCGGCGCUUGGUAGCAAGGUAGACGUUUAUUGCAACCAGUUAACUGAACUGCUUGACGACUGGGACCUGCUUCCCAAAGCAAGAGUGCCGAAGACUGGUGCCGUCCAAUCCUGGCUAUUCGCAGAGUCUGCCAUUGCAUUCCAUAGCUUCAUCGUAUACAUGCGGCGAAGGACAUCUGCUACUUUCAUGGGCACGCACCCACAGGCCGUCCGUGCUGCGAGAGCCAUUAUCAGCAUUAUCCACGAGUGGUCAGAGAGAAACAUGGGGCCAGUCACUGGUCAUCAGUGCUCGUAUAUACACGAGCGCGAAGAGGACAUCUGCAGUUUGGAAAAGGUCGUUGCGCUUAUGACCCAAGCCGCGACUGUGCGGCCAGACUUUGUUCCCAUCGCAAGUGCCAUGAGCGCACUGAACGACGUCUCAAGAGCUGUACACUCAGGUCGGGACCAUCUCGGCGCUUUGGCUUUUGUUGGCUACGCGGUGCCUCCCCGACCUCUCAUGGGAUCGAAGGCGUCUCCAAGCCAAACUGCAACACAGCUGCCCGGUAGUAGUACCAUCGCCGCUGCUCCAUUCGACUCACUUCAGAACCUCUCGGUGGAGCUGCCUCUUCAGACAGCAGACGAGCUCAACAACACCUUCGGUGUCCCGUUUCAGCUCGAAAGUCAGAUUUCGUUCGACUGGGUCCCCGCUUCGAGUGACCGACCAAGUACGGCUCGGACGGUGUCGCAACCGGUAGAUAUAGUGCGCGCGAUCGAGGGCGAGCUCACUUGGCGAGACUGGCACGAAAGUUGGUGGAAUAUACCAGAUACCUCGCAGGCUAAUCAAGCAGGUAAACAGCUUGGAUGA